AUGGUGAAUUGGAUCGCUGAGUGUUUAGCAUUGACUGAAAUAAAUGGUGGACAUAUCCUAGUAAAGUGUUUUAGAAAAUUUCACAUCUUCUUUUCUUCUACUAACAAUUCUCAUCAAUUUGUAAAUCACAAGUCAUGUCUCUUGCACAGCAUCUUGCGCCUCUUCGAUUACAUUAGGGAACUUCCCCCCUCCCCCCUUAAAUUCUUUCAUUUCAUCUUUUCCAUUGAAAAAAAAAACACAUUUGAUUGA